CCUGCCUGGGGAAAUGUCAGUCGGCGUCCACGGCGACACUGCAGAGUUCAAUCACACCACUCUAGCGUACGAUUUUGCUGCGUGUGUGUAGCCGCUACUCCUUCGCCGCCGCCCUAGUCUGCGCCCGCCGCCGAUUACUGAAUGGCGAUAAAAAAAAAACAACAACAACAAACCCGCGAGUGCGUUUAACAAUAAUAAUAAUAACAAUAACAAUAAUAACGCGAAAAGUCUCGCGAGAACAAGGAUCAAUGCGAAACGGCGCGACGAUGGCAGUGCCGUCGGCAACGUAGUGUCGACGUCGGACGAAAUUACUGUAAGGUAAACGUAGACGAUACACCAGCAACAGCAGCAGCAGCAGAGGGACGGCGCGGCGGCGGUGGCCGUUUGCUAACGGAGACGAAUACAAUAUCGGAUUAAUGCGUAUUAUCCUAGUAGAAACUAGCGAAAGUAACGAAAUACCCCGAAAACUAUAAAGUAAGAGAAAUAUCUACUACAUACCUACGUACAUAUUGUAAUGUUCAUGACCGACACGUACGCUCUUAAUAAUAAUAAUUAUCCGUAAACUAUGCGAGCUACAUUUUGUCGUAAUAAAUUGUCCGGCGGAUUAGAUAUUCGUGCGUCCCCCGGACACCCGCCAACUGCCCCGCGGCGGCCGCCAUAUCGCACACGUAUUGCGACCGUAAAUACUCGCGAAUCGUAGGCACAAAAUGCGACGGUCGGAGUCGUCGUGCGAUAAUAAUAAUAAGAAAAAAAAAAAAAAAAAGGCGAAAUAAUAAUAAUAUAGGUACGCGUAUUUUCGUCGCACGCUCGCCGCCGCCGUGGUGGUGUCGUCGUCGUCGUUUACAUAGGUGGAAAAAUAAAAACGUGAAAGCUCGUGUGAUACGGGAACCGCCUACCCGUAGCCCGUAGGUGUCGUUUUUCGGCGAGACGGACGUCCAGUGUUAUUAUAAUAUUUUCGCGUCGCUAUUGCCGGGACGCGUGCAGGGGACACGUACGGCCCGGGGACGACCGUCGACGGGUUUCGCGAAUUUUUCGCCGUCUUAUAUUAUAACGUCGACGCCGGUGUCUUCUAUUAUCGCGUAUAUAUCCUAUCUCCGUCUCUCCUCUCUCUCUCUCUCUCUCUCUCGUUGGCAAAACAAGAGAGAGCGUGUCAUCUCCUAUCGUCGUCGAUCGAUGAAUCGAUACGUUUUUUUACUAUACUACAUAGCCGCUACUGAUAAUAAUAAUAAUAAUAAUAAUAAUAAUAAUAAUAAUACAAGUAUAUAUAUAUAUAUAUAUAUAUAUAUAUCUUAUAUUAUAUAGGUACACACUUCGGCGUUUCCCUGCGAAACUGCUGUGCGGCGGACCCGCAGCCUAUCCCAAUUGAACUCUAGUUAUACGCACCGCUCAGACGCGCGCGCGCACACAAACAUGCGCACGUAUACGGUAAUAAAAUAGUAAAUAGUACACCCGACCGCAACUGGAACGAGAGACACGCUUCGGUCAUGCCUUCUGCGUCGUACUACUACAACUACUGCGACUACACUAUUACCACGACUACUACUACUACGACUACUACUAAUACUACUAAUACUGCUAAUACUGCGUCUAUUCGUCGUCGUAUCUAUGCUCGUUCGACUCGUACCUGUUCUAGGUGAAAAAAAAAAAAAAAUAAAAUAAAUUUAUACGCUCAGAAUUUAAAACGCACACGUUGCCCGCCGCUACCAGCAGUAGUUAUCCGCCGCGGUCGUCGCAUUGUAAACGUCCCGUCUGCCCCGUUAAUUGAUUAAUUGAUAUUUGCUACACUACAGUAUUAUUAUUAUACCUACCUACCCGUGUUCUGUUCGCUGUACGAAAAUUAAUAUUAUUAUUAUUAUUAUAAUAUUGCACUCGGCACGGCGGCGCGACGACGACUACGACACGACGUCGCGAUAAUACAAAUUACCCGGCCACCCAGGUAUUUCGCCGUUUUUUUUUUUUCCGCGCUCUAAUGUCGUGCGGCUAUGUGCGUUUUUAGAGAGAGAGAAAAAAAAAAAAAUCAAAUCUCUUUUCACGUCGCCAAAUAUCCGUACCGUAACACCUAAUCGUCCCGUCAUGUGCGCGCCAGUUUGUCCAGUAGUCUUAAUACUACCUACUAUAAUUUAGUACUCAAAUAUUAUAUUAUGAGUAACUAGUGUCUUACUGUUUUCUAACAUCGCCGUUUUUCACGGUUUCCAGAUGAAUUGACUAAGAACGGAUUCGUCGUCCCCGACAGUCGAUUGUGGUGGUGCAACCAUGGCUGACGUACUGCAGUCCAUCUGCAAUCCGUUGCCCUUAUCGUCCAGUCAGUCAUCCAUUGUCAAAGAAGGUUGGCUGUUCAAAAGAGGUUUGCAUCUAUUAUCUAAACAUAGACUAGAAUCCACGGCCACUUUGUUGUAUUAAUAUUAUCUUCUUACACCGUACGACCUUUAACAUUUUCAGGCGAACAUAUUAAGAACUGGAGGUCCAGAUAUUUUAUAUUGUUUGCUGACGGAUCACUAAUGGGAUACAGAAACAAACCUGAAGGUCCAAUGACUGAACCCCUUAAUAAUUUUACCGUCAAAAGAUGUCAAAUCAUGAGUGUUGAUCGUCCCAAACCUUACACGUUUCAAAUUAGAGGAUUACAAUGGACCACUGUUAUCGAACGGACAUUUCACGUGUCUUCUGAAAAAGAAAGGUAACACUUAAAUUUGUUUGUUAUGUACCUAUCUAUUUGUUUCAUUGACAAGUUGCUAACUUUACUCAUAUUAAAAGGUAUUAAUUACCUUUUUUUUUUUUUUUAAUAAAUUGUCCAAAAACAAAUAAAAUGAUUUAUCUUAGUACUUAAAACAAAAUGAAAAUUUGGUGUUCUACAGUAAUGUUUAUUUUUAGUAAUAUCCCUACUACAAUUCACCAACCAAUAUAUAUAUAUUUAUAAAUAUUGAAAUGACAAACAUUUUAAUAUUAAAAACACUUUUCUUUAAUAUCAUUUUACAUAUUGUUAUUUACUAGAUAAAAUUAUAAGUAAAUUAGUAUAAAUAGUAAAAUGAGUAUAUGUCCCAGGAUUUGUAUGCAUUUAAUGUUGCUUAACUUUUAUUUAGGAACUCUAAACCUCUCCACUUUUGGCCCCACCCAUAAAUAUAAUAUUCUACUAAACAACAAAUAGGUAUAGUAAGUAAGUAGGUACUUAUUAAAUAAUGAUAAUAAUUAUAUCAGUAUAUUUAUGGUAUUUUAACCAUUUAAUCAAUAGGUAAUUUUAACUUUUUUAACUAUGGUUUUUUUUGUUCUUUUUAUGUAAUAAUGUAUAUUGUAAUAAUAAACAAUUUUAUCAAUCAAUGAAAAUAAAAACAACUUAUCGUCAAAAAUAAUUCUUAAUACAAUUAUUACUUAAAUAGCUAUAACAAUUAUUCAUUUAAAUUAUAGAAAUUAAAUUUUAUGAGUCAUGAAUCUAAAUACUGAUUAUUCAUUAGAAAAUUACAAUUUUUGUAAUUACUAGGUAUUAAAUUAGAUAUUGUAUGAUUAUAAAGAAAAAUAUUACAUUAUUACAUUAUUUUUAGUAUUAUAGUAUUCUAAAUAUUUGAAUAUAGUAGAAUCUAGCAGUCGUGGCUUCUGAGUACAUAUUUUUUUUAUAGAUUCUUUAAACUUGUUUGUUUUGAUUUCACUGAUAUUUUUUUCAUGUUUAGCGAUUUUCUAAUGAAACCAAAAUAAAAGCAACUUGAUGAGCUUUUUGAGUGUUUGAGAAGAUUUUGUCUAACAUUCCACUUGGUUCAUGCUAAAAAUGUAUGACUGAAAACUACUGAUUUGUCUGCAAAGUUUGUUCUGAGAAUGUCAAAUCAAAGUGAAAAACAAAUUCAAGUCUGUAUGUUAUCAUUUCGUGCACCUGUAGACAUAAGCUAUGUGAAAUGUUACAUUUCUCUCAAAUAUACAAAACAAAAUUGAGAAAAAUCCGCUCACAUUUUAAAAAGCUCAUCAAGUUGCUUUUCUUUUCAAUUUAUUAAAUUACAAAAUUGCCAAACACUGAUAUUUUACGAAAAUAUUGGUGAAAUUAAAUCAAAAAAGUUUAUAGAAAAUCUAUAAAAACAAAUGUGCUCAGAUAAGUCAUAGAAGCCAGUAUACCAAUAAUUCUGCUGUUCAAUGCUCAUUUUUCAGAGUUAUACUAUGAGUCUCAAUACUUUUUGAUUAACCUUUGUAUUUUGGUUAUUUUUAAACCAUUUUAUUGCUGCAUACAAAUAUAAAAUAGAUUCCUUCCUUCUAACUUCUCCUUAAACAGUGGCAUACUUAUCAGCAGUAUCAGCCUCCAAAAUAAUAUAUUUUUAAGUAUUAAAUUCUAAAACGAUCUUUGUUUUUUUUUUCUUUGAAAUUCGUUAUGGAAAUGAAAAUUAUAGAUAUUAUAUACAAAUUAGGUUAAUAUGUUUUAAUUUUGGCAACAAAGGCAUUAUCCACAACCACGCAUGAAAAGUUAGAGGUUAACAUUUAACCUAGUAUAAUGAUAAAAUAAAAAUAAAUUAUUUUACAUAUUGAUUUAAAAUUGAAAAAAAAACCAAAUUAAGUAAAUAUUGUAUUGCUAUUUCAAAUUUUUUUUUCGUUAAAGAAACUCUCUUCAUAAUUUUACAUUUCUAUAUUAAAAUUAAUGUAUUAAAAUACAACUUAAAAAUAAAAAAUUUAUGAAUUAACAAUUAUUAACAUAAAUUGAGUUUAAAGUACACAUUGCUCAAAUAAAAUAUGUUCGUGAUACGUUUUUAAAUAAAAACAAUUUUAACUGUUUCAGGGUUAAUAUAUUUGCAUAAUGCCGUUAAUACCAUAAUAAUUAGUUGUUAAAACCAAACCAAAUAAUUAUUAGUUUUUGUACCUUGAUAUUGCAAUUUUAUCAAAAUAUUAUUUAUUUUCUUGUGUUUGCAAUGGUUUUUGUAUAUCAAUAAUGAUAAUAAUAUCAUAAAAAUAACCUUUUAAUUAUUUUUACUACGCCAAUUUCAAUUUGUUAUGUAUGUAGUGCAUAAAAUAUAAAGUAUAAUACACAUGACUAUAUUUUUUUACCAAUCAUAAAUAAAGGUCGGAUAAAAUACUAGAUAAUUUUUAUCUAGUUUUUAUCUGUGACCUGUUUGUCACAUUAUGAAAUGGUUUCAAAAACAUCUAUUACCUAUAAAAUUAUUAGGUAAGUAAAAAAUAGUUUCAAAGUACAUAACAUCAUCCAAUCCAAAAUAACUUUAAAGGUCAUGAAGUCUGUAAACAAUAAUUAUGAUUAAUUUAAGAUACAAAAGCUUUAUAAAGAUUUUAUAAAUCUCUGUGAAAUUUGAAUGCAAUAUUAAUAGGUAUAUUAUUUUAUAAAAGCCAAAAAUAAUGAUCCCAAUGGUAUAAGUGUUGUAUUUUACUUUGCCAACCUUGGUGCGAGAUAAUUAUAACUAUAAAAAAUUCUGAAUAGAUCUCAGUAUUUAAAUUUAAACUUUUGGUUGUGUAUUAUUUUCUGCUUGGAAAUUAGGAAAAUGUUACUUUUCUAAAGUACUAUCAUACGAUCGCUGUUCUUUUUUUUACCCUUGUAUUUAUACUCUAAAAUAUGUUUCCUGAUUAUCACAAUUACCAUAUUUUUAAAACAUUUAAUCUCUUAUCUCAAUAUUCCAAUUGUAAUAUGAAAAAUUUGAUUUAAAAUCCAUAUAUCUAUUAUUUUAUGCUUAUGUAUAAAUAUUAUAAAAUGUAAAUUAUAUAGUAUAAUAUUACAUUGAUGAAACUUAUAUCUUCAAUAAAAUAAAAUUGAUAGAUAAGUUACUGUAUUUUAAUCAAAAUAAAAUGUAAUAACACUAUUAUUGUGGUGUUAUUAAUAUUUAAUAGGUUUCUUAAUAAUAAAAACAUCAACAUAGACGUAAACAUAAUAAUUACUAUGUUGUGCUACAAUAAUUAAUAUAUUAAAUAGGUUAUUCAAAUUAAAUGUAUUAUUUCACUAAGUAUUUAACUAUUUUGAAUAAAUAUUAUUAAUUUAAAUGCAUUCCUUUAUUUAAAAAUGUAUACUAAAACUUACAAUUAUUACUUAUAAUUAAGUAACAAUUGUAACCUAUUCAUUUUAUAUUCUGAGCGGAACGAGGAAUGUAUUGGUUUUACAAUGAUGUUUAUUUUAUUUUCUCUUUCUGUAGAUAACUUUUAUAACAUCAAUUUUAAUCAGAUUUACAGUGAUAGCACUUCUUCUGAAAAUAAAUCUGAUUAGGGUGGUAUUUUAUGUAGGUUAUUUUUUAAUUUUUCUAAGAGUUUUCCCAAUGAAAAAAAAAAUUAGUACUAUAUUAAGCAAAUAUCAUUAAAAAAUUAUUUAAUGCAUUUGUAAUUAUUUUUACAAUAAUACGGCAUAUGUAUUAUUGACAAAACAACACUAUUAACCAAAUUCUGCGCAGAAUGUUUUUUUGGUUGCAAUGGUUAAUCGUUGCGUACAGAUAUACAUUAAAUUUCCUCUCUACCUUUCCAACUUCUCACCUAUUAAACACAGUGGCCCACCCACGUGUGUUGUAUGUUUGUUUUUUUAUUUAAAAGCAAUAUUUAUUUACACAUUUAUUUUUUAUUUUAUACUAAAGAAUGUAUGUUUAAAUUUUGAAAUCUUAAAUAUUCUAUUUAUUCAAAGUUAAUUUCAAAGUUUUUUUUUUUAACACAUUUAUAGAGAAGAAUGGAUGACUGCCAUUAAGGGUGUAUCAGAACGUUUAUGUGAUGUCGACGAAGUCGAUAUGGAAGGUGUAUCCCAUUCAACUAGUGUGUCAAGCACAAUGUCUGGACCAAGUUCGGAUGACUUUAGUGCUAAAUUUUCUGUUCAAGGAACUUCUUCUAGUAAAUCCACUGGAAAACGAAAAGUUGUAUGUAUUGUUAAAAUGUUUAAUGUAUAUGGAAUAUUUAUUAUUCUAUUUAUUGCUCGUAAUUUACUUUAUAGACCCUUGAGAAUUUUGAGUUUCUGAAAGUACUUGGAAAAGGUACAUUUGGUAAAGUUAUUUUAUGCAGAGAAAAAGCUACAGGCCAUUUAUAUGCCAUCAAAAUUCUUAAAAAAGAAGUCAUCAUCCAAAAAGAUGAAGUUGCUCAUACGCUAACAGAAAACAGGGUUCUCCGCACUACUAGUCAUCCUUUUUUAAUUGUAAUUAUUAUUAUCUUAUAUAAUUUUCAGUAAUACAUGUGCUUAAUUUUAUUCUUUUAAAAUAUUAUUUUGUUUUAUUUCCAGUCAUUGAAAUACUCAUUUCAAACAGCGGAUAGAUUAUGUUUUGUAAUGGAGUAUGUAAAUGGCGGAGAACUAUUCUUCCAUUUGUCCAGAGAACGGGUGUUCACAGAAGAUAGAACUCGUUUUUACGGAGCUGAAAUUAUUUCUGCUUUGGGUUAUUUACAUUCCCAAGGAAUUAUUUACAGGGAUUUAAAAGUAAUAAUUUCUAAAAUCUUUUUUUUUUUUUAAAUUUUCAAAUAAUAAUUACUACUGGGUUUUUUUAGCUUGAAAAUUUACUUUUAGAUAAAGAUGGCCACAUUAAAAUAGCCGACUUUGGUUUAUGUAAAGAAGAUAUUACUUACGGAUCUACUACCAAAACUUUUUGUGGUACACCCGAAUAUUUGGCACCUGAGGUGUUAGAAGAUUUAGAUUAUGGUCGAGCUGUUGAUUGGUGGGGAAUAGGUGUAGUUAUGUAUGAAAUGAUGUGUGGGCGAUUACCAUUUUACAACAAAGAUCAUGACAAAUUAUUCACUUUAAUUUUGAUGGAAUCUGUAUGUUUAGUAGUAUUACCUUAAGUGGUAAUUUUUUGUUUUAUUAAUUUUUUUUACAUUUCAAAGGUACGAUUUCCUAGAGGUAUUUCCGCUGUUGCAAAAAGUUUACUUUCGGGCCUUUUGAUCAAAGAUCCCAAAAAACGAUUGGGUGGAGGUCCGGAAGAUGCCCAUGAAAUCAUGAGUCAUGGUUUCUUUAGUAGUAUUAAUUGGUUGGAUUUGGAACAAAAAAAGGUAAUAAUAAUUAAAAAUUGUUUUUGUUUAACAAUUAGUAUUAUGUUUUAUUUUUCAAUACAAUAAUACAAUAAUUUUUUUUUUAUGUGUUUAAUUUAGAUUCCACCUCCAUUCCAACCUCAAGUAUCAUCAGACACUGACACGCGAUAUUUUGACUCUGAAUUUACUGGGGAAUCUGUUGAACUCACACCACCUGACAUGACGGGCCAUCACCUCAAUAGUAUCGCAGAAGAAAUGGACCAUCCAACACAACCAUACUUCCCACAGUUCAGCUACCAAGACCUAGCCGGAUCAGUAUCAAUUAGUGCCAGUUCGUGUUUCAGUCAUACGUGAACAAAGUAUAAAUAUGUAAGUGAUUCCGUAAAAUAUCAUUUAACAAUUAAUUUACUACAAAUGAUAAAUUGACUUUAUUAGGUAUUCUUCUUUAUUUUUUUUUUUGACAUUAGGCUAUUGUUUGUACAUAAAUUGUGAACUAGUGAAUUUUUUUUUUUCCUGAACGUUGGUCAAAUACUUAUUGAAACAUAAAACACAAAGUCACACAUGUAUAAACGUUCAGUAUUUGUUCAUUGAAUUUUUUCAAAUUUUUUUUUUCUUUUCUGUAUGUAGUCAUUUAUUAUAAAUUUUGCUGUUUUUUUUUUCCAAUUAUUAUUUAUUAUUAUUAGUUUUUUUUUUUUAUCUAUCUUGUUAAAAGUGUUUUGUUUUGUGUACAUAUUGUUAACAAAUUAUUCUAAAAAACAUUUUACCGGUCACCCUUACGUGCAGGAUAAAUUUUUUAUUCUUAAAAAAAAUUGUAAAACUUUUUUCAUUUUUUUUUAAAUAAUUCAAUGUGAUAUAUCAAAUGUUUAUCUCAUUAAUUUUACAUUGUAUCAGGCUGUAGUAGUUGUAUUGGGUUUAUAAGGUAGUGUUACAUUGAAGCAGGCUCUAGAAAUCGUAUUGGGUUUAUAAGGUAGUGUGAAUGGGAAAAAAUGUUAGGUAAGAAAUUGUGUACAAUUGGCGGGAUUUGUACCUUAGGGAUAAUUUGAAAGGCUUGCAAUCAUGUUUUUAUUAUAAAAUACAUUAUGAUUUAUAUAUUGUCAAUUGUUAUAAUAUAGCCUCACAUAUUACAUAAACUAAUUGUUGAAUCAUUUCAUAUCGAGUAUCAUUCAGAUUUUAUGUUAUGUCAUAAUUUAAAUUUUUUGCUGUCAUUUACAUAAUUGCCACAUUUAUAAAUAAAUUUGAAAAGUUAAUAAAAAUUAAAUUUACUUUUCUCAAAUAGUCAUUAUUUUAAUUAGACUUGUGCAAAAGAAAAUGUAGGAAUUUGAACGUUUAUUUACCAAAAUUUAAAUUUGGAAGUAAAGUUAAAACAUUUUUAUUUUUAAAUUGGUACUGUUAAAAUAUUUUUUCCAUCUAUUUAUCGUCGUUGUCAUGUUAAAAGUGACCUUUUAUAGAAUGUAUGUUUAAAAAAAAAACUUGUCUGAAUGCCUAAUUUCAUCCUUAUUACGCAUGAAAGAUUAAUACUAAAAAAGUGAUAUACAUAGUUUAGGAACAAAUUAUUAUAUAAUAUUCUUGAUUUAAAUCAGAAUUUAAUAAAAUUUAAAUCUCUUUCACCUUUACCCUUAUUAUUAUUUAAAUUUUUAAAUCACUUGAUCACUUGGUAUAGCAAAAAAUGUAUUAUUAAUUGACUAUUUUAUUCUCUUAAUUAGUAGUCUUGAGUUUUGCCCGUGCACAAAAUUGAACGAAAAUAUACAAAUAAUGCCAAUUAUGGAAAUUUAACUCUUCUUUUUUUUUUUUUUUUGAUCAUUUAAAAGUUGAAUUUUUUAAAAAUUCUUUCUAAAACUAAUAAAAGAAAUUUCAUUUACCGGUUCCCUUUAUUUCCCUUGUAAUAACAGUUAUUUUUUUUAAUUUGGUUUUAGGUCUUACCCAGACAAACAUUAUUUAUUAUUAUAGAAUAUUAAAGUAUUAUAACCUUUAUUAUCAUCUAGUUACAAAAAGAAUUACAUAUUACACUGUUGACCAUUUGACCUAAUUUUUAUUUAGUUCAUAAAUAAUAUUAAAUUUGAUAACUUUGGAGAAUGCAGUUGUCUUAAAUGUGUUUUGUGAAGCUUUGCCAAUUUAAACAUUUUUUUUUUGAAUUUCGUAGAAGUACUUUGAUCUUAUAUCUUAGUUAAUAAAUAAAUAAUUUGUGUUGUUGACUUCAUUAGUUAAGUUUUCAUUGUGGAAACUCUCCCAUUAACAGAUUAUUUUCAUAAAUUAAUGUGAAGUUGACAAGUUAAAGACAAAUUAUUGAAUGUGAUUUUAGCAUUUUCAUAAUUAAUCAAGUACGCAUUAGAGUUUAAAUGAUUUUGACAGUACCACAACAUAUUCAUAUGCAGCUAGGAGGUAAAAAAAUGCAUAACAUAAUACCGGAGUCUUAAUUUUAAUAAUGUUAAAUUUUAUACUUGAUUAAUAAAUUAUGAUAUUAUAGAAUUAUUAUUCAAUGUCCAAAGUAUAAUAAAAUUAAUAAUGUGACUACUAUACUAUUUUUCACGAAAGAACGAUAGAGUCUCGACAAAAACCAGUCAUUCUUACACAUCCCCACGUUGCACCUUAACCAGGGCUUCCACCACUAUUAGGCCCGGUGUAAUUUUGCGGACUGCCGUCAACGACGAGAGUAGUAGAGAGUGAUCCGUAAGCUCAGUCUGCGUGCGCGAAACAUUAUCUUUCUCGUGUGAAAAAUAGUAUAGUUUUGACCUUAGCUAUCUUCAAGAAAACCAGUAUGAACAUGGUACAAAAAGACAAAAUUGUAUAUAAAGGAUAUUACAUGUGUAUAAAAAUAGUACACAUCAAUACUUUUUUUGAUACACAUGUAUUUGCCUUUAUAUACAAUUGUAUCUUAUUGUUUAUUCUUGUUUUUUUCUACAUUGUAAUUGUAAUUGUAUUUAGAUAUUUUUUUUUAUUUUAUGUUAAUGUAACCUAAAGGUAGUUUAGACAUAUUUUAUUAUACUUUGGUUUUGACUAUUUAAUCAUUCUAUAAUUUCAUAAUUUUUAUAUUAAAUACAAAUUUUUAAUCAAAUCAAUUAUCAUAAUUAUUGUAUUGAUAAAUAUCACAGAACAAAUAAUAAUCAAUCAUAAUAACCAUCUUACCUCUUUAUGAAAUUAAUCAAAUGUUUUAAGCUAUGUAAAACCGGAUUAUGUGACAGCCAUUUUAAAUUGUUUUAAUGAACUCAAGAGUUAAUUUUUUAUUCAGGCUUUGUUGAUGAUAACAAAUUUAAAUUCAUAUCGAUAAUACACUAUAUCGAAUAAUAUUGAGAAAAGCAUUUAUUAUUAUUAUUAUUAUUAUUAUAUUAAGCUAUAUUAUUAUUUUUGUCUUUAUAAACGACAAUUUACAAUAAGAAAAUAAGUAUUAUUAAAAUAUUCUGACCUUUACUUUUUGUAAUUUUUUUUUUUCAUGGUCAGAAUGUGUAAAAGUUCAAAUAUUAAUUUACUGUUGUUCAACCGGCGAAUAUUUUUUUCAUACUGUUGGAUAAAUAGUUUUUUUUAAAAAUUGUAUAACACAUUUGAGCGUUGUAUCAUACUGAUACAUACUAUCAUCUGCUAUUCUUGUCAAUCGAAUGUUUACCACUAAAAAUAUUAAGUACAACUCUAUUGCGUAUAUUAAGAGAAACAUAAUUAGUUGGAAUAUAAAUGCUGAUAACUAAUAUGUUGUAAACUAAAACCCCCCAAAAAAGUAAUAACCCAGGAAUUUAAUUUGUUUCAAAAACUGGAAAAUACAUAUAUGUUAGUAAAUAAUUUUAAUGAAAGGUAAAAUAUCGGAAUGAUAAUUUUAUGGAAAUCUAAUCUAACUAAAAAAUUUGCCAAUUUGUUGGAAAUCUUUUAUUACCCUUGGGUGUGUUCAAAAAUUCAAUCAAAGUUAACUGUAGUUAAUUGAGGAUUGUUUGAGAAAACAGAGUUAACUUUACAAACGACUGCAACCACCAUUCGAUCAUAAUGUGUCAUUAUUUUCUUAGAGUCAACUCUUUGUAACCUCAGAGAAUGGCUAGGUUAUUUUAACUCUAUUAUAGUGAUGAUAGAGUUAGUCGGAAAUAAAAAUCCA